GCGGCAGCGGGAGCGGCAGCGGCGGCGGCGGCGGCGGCGGGCUCGGCCUUGGCUUCGCGGCGGUGCCGGCGGCGGAGACGGAGGCGCAGGUUCCUCAUUAGGACCUGGCGAACCCGGGCCUAAUCGGCGGCCCCGCGAGGCCUCUGCACAGCGCCCCGGACAGGGACCCUCCCCGCCUCGCCCUGCCCCGGGAGCCUGCCUCCCCGGCUGGGGAUGAAGCCGGGGGGCGGCCGCGCGGGGCCCAGCACAAAAGCUUGUCCCCGGGGGCCGCCGCCGCCAGCCUAGAGCCGCCCGUCGAAGCCGAGCCGGCGCCAGGGCCCUCAUCCCCGCCGGUCCCUGGGGGCGGCGGCUGCCGGUCUCCCCGAGGCCCCGGGGCGCGAGCGCCGAGCUCCGAGCUCCCUCGGCUGCGGUGGGACCGGGCACUUGCACAGCCUCCGCCGCUCCCAGCCGUAGAGGCCCCACGGAGCAUGUCCGAGGAGAGCGACAUGGAGAAAGCCAUCAAGGAAACCUCCAUUUUAGAGGAAUACAGUAUCAAUUGGACUCAGAAGCUGGGAGCUGGAAUUAGUGGUCCAGUUAGAGUCUGUGUGAAGAAAUCUACUCAAGAACGGUUUGCACUGAAAAUUCUUUUUGAUCGUCCAAAAGCUAGAAAUGAGGUACGUCUGCACAUGAUGUGUGCCACACACCCAAAUAUAGUUCAAAUUAUUGAAGUGUUUGCUAACAGUGUACAGUUUCCUCAUGAGUCCAGCCCCAGGGCUCGACUCUUAAUUGUAAUGGAGAUGAUGGAAGGGGGAGAGCUAUUUCACAGAAUCAGCCAGCACCGGCACUUUACAGAGAAGCAAGCCAGCCAAGUAACAAAGCAGAUAGCUUUGGCUCUACAGCACUGUCACUUGUUAAACAUCGCUCACAGAGACCUCAAGCCUGAAAAUCUGCUCUUCAAGGAUAACUCUUUGGAUGCCCCAGUGAAGUUGUGUGACUUUGGGUUUGCCAAAAUUGACCAAGGUGACUUGAUGACACCCCAAUUCACCCCUUAUUAUGUAGCACCUCAGGUACUGGAGGCUCAGAGAAGGCAUCAGAAGGAGAAAUCUGGCAUCAUACCUACCUCACCAACACCCUACACUUAUAACAAGAGCUGUGACUUGUGGUCCCUAGGGGUGAUCAUCUAUGUGAUGUUGUGCGGAUACCCUCCUUUUUACUCCAAACACCACAGCCGGACAAUCCCAAAGGAUAUGCGGAGAAAGAUCAUGACAGGCAGUUUUGAGUUCCCAGAAGAAGAGUGGAGCCAGAUUUCAGAGAUGGCCAAAGAUGUUGUGAGGAAGCUCUUGAAGGUCAAACCAGAGGAAAGACUCACCAUUGAGGGCGUGUUGGACCACCCAUGGCUCAACUCAACUGAGGCCUUGGAUAAUGUGCUACCCUCUGCUCAACUGAUGAUGGAUAAGGCGGUGGUUGCGGGAAUCCAGCAGGCUCACGCGGAACAGUUGGCCAACAUGAGAAUCCAGGAUCUGAAAGUCAGCCUCAAACCCCUGCACUCUGUGAACAACCCCAUUCUGAGGAAGAGGAAAUUACUCGGCACCAAGCCAAAGGACGGUGUUUAUAUCCACGACCGUGAAAAUGGAGCCGAAGAUUCAAAUGUUGCCUUGGAAAAGCUCCGAGAUGUGAUUGCUCAGUGUAUUCUCCCCCAGGCUGGUAAAGGAGAGAAUGAAGAUGAAAAGCUGAAUGAAGUAAUGCAGGAGGCUUGGAAGUAUAACCGGGAAUGCAAACUCCUGAGAGAUACUCUGCAAAGCUUCAGUUGGAAUGGUCGUGGAUUCACAGAUAAAGUGGACCGACUAAAACUGGCAGAAAUUGUGAAGCAAGUGAUAGAAGAGCAAACCAUGUCCCAUGAAUCCCAAUAAUGACAACUUCAGACUUUUUUUUUAACAAUUUGAAAAAUUAUUCUUUAAUGUAUAAAGUAAUUUUUAUGUAAAUUAAUAAAUCAUAAUUACAUUUCCACAUUACUUAAAGACACUGUAUAGAUUUAAAUACAGGACUUACUCAUAGUAUAGUUCAUUUGUUUGUUUUUAAGAAAAGCCCAGUUCCUAGAGAUAUACUAUUACUCUAGGACUGUUUUCUCAUAUGUUUGUAAGAUGACAGAUGGUACUGUCAAACAAGAUUGUUUUAUUUGUAAUAAAGUGUACAAAAAUCAUUUGCCAGUGAUAGACGAAGGGCCGACUAUACUGACCUGUCCAGUAAACAUCUGAAUCAAGUACUGUGGAAUCUGGUUUUACUCGCCCUGUGUGUUUGCUUUCUGCACCAUUGGUAGAUUAGCUCUGGGGCCAAAAAAAUUUUGUGGAUCCAUGUUGCAGACUGCCUGCUGGAACCCACAGGAUGCCAACUCCCAUGAUGGAAGGGGCAAGGAGCUAAGCCCUCAUUUCUCUUGUCUCUAAUUCCUUAGAAGUGGUAACAUUUCCUUUUUUAUUUUUAUUUUUUUGUCAUAUCUUUUAAAAGAUAUGGUGGGUUGCUUAAAUCUGACAGGAUUUUGAGUUUAUUCUUUUCAUGUAGAACUAGAGCUUUAUUCUGCUCCUCUGAGGACCUGCUCAGUCCUCCUCCCUUCCCCACAGGCCUCACCAAGCUCCGUUGCUGCUGCUUCCUUUUUUCUGUUCUCCUGGCCCUUUUUAUCAGAUAAUUUUUCUGAGAAAGUUACAUAUCAUGUAAACUGGACUAUUGGAUUAGCAUCUAAGAUGGUCCAGUUUUUUCUCCUAAAGCUGCCCUUUUACUCUUUGAUGUUUCAGCCUGCACUUCAUGUUGGCAUCCCCAGGCUAUGUCUGUUUCGUUCAGUGUUAUUCAUUUUCAGGAAGGGUGGUUUUGGCCCAGAGGUCAGCUGUUUGAAUGGAAAAGAAGGCUGGAUGCUUUUUUAGUUUUCUGUUAUGCACAUGGGCUUCCAUAACAAACCAUUAUUUGUUUGUUUGUGUGUUUAUCAGUUUUUGGUGGGUCCUGUGUUGGUAAAUAGAAGAGCUAACAGGCAAACUCCAAUUCACAGAGCAGAGGAAGACAGUCGCAGGUACAAUUCUUCACUUUUGUCCUGUCACAUUCUCUUCAAUCAAAAUUGACCUCAUAGACUUUACUUCUUUUCUGAUUCGUCCACUUUGCUGAACAUGUCCUCAGGAUGACAUCUGGUUAGUGUGCAUCGUGUGUAUGUGACUGACUGGAAAUAACAUGAUAAAAACACAAAGCAUCUUACAAGGAUUACCUUAUUAUAUUGGGUAAUAGGUAUUUUUUUUGUGGUAAGGCUCCUUAAUCUUAGGUGACUAAUAACUCUUGUAAUAACUCUCCCCGUAAGGAGAAUUCAGUGCUUUUAAAUGUAGUAAAAUCGAACAGUGAGGCAGCAGACAAAAACAAAAUGUUUUCUUAUUUAUUGACCAGAAGACUUAGCUGAGAGUUGAAUUAAGGGUUGAAUUAAAUUGUUGUUUUUUAGUGAAAUGCAGUCUUACAGAUCGCU